AACCACAGGAGGUCUGCUCAGUGCAAACAGUAGCCUGAGCCUGGUUUGGUCCUUGCUCGUUUUAAUGUAGCCUUCAGUCACGCUAUGGAGCUCUUACCAGCCAUGCUGUUGGCCUUCGCUAUGCACCGUGGAGAAUGCAGUCCGGUUGUCACCCCGCAGCGCUACACCGCCAGACCCGGAGAAAGCGUCAGGAUGCAGUGCAGUAUUGAUACCGUGCUGCUAGCGUCCUCUGUGAUCAGCUGUUACAGAGAGCAGCCGGGCAGAGUCCUGGAGCUCGUAGCGCAGUUUAUCAGACAUGCGCUUACAAAUGGGCGCUAUACCGGUGAAAUACAUAACGACAACGGAAACUUUUCCCUGACGAUUGGAAAUGUUCAAAGAAGCGAUUCGGGCUUGUAUUUCUGCAUCGUCAGAGCUUCUGGCACAUUCACCCCCGGCAGGAGCUCCAGGCUGGUUGUAACGGACCCGCAGAUAACCCCGAGUGUCCAGCUAUUCUCUCUGGGCCCGGCUGAAGGCGAGUCGGUCUGGACUGAGCCGGCUCCGGUUGUGUGUUUAGUGAGAGACGCCUCCCCACUCUGGGGCCCAGUCCUCUGGACAAUCCCUGGGGUCUCCGCUGAACCCACGUCACGGUUCGAAGAGGGGCUGACAGAACCUGAUGACUCUUACACCAUGACGAGCCACAUCACAGUCAGUGCAGAGCAAUGGGAGAGCGGGGGAGUGAUGUGUGAGGUUCACAAUAACGUUACCGGAGAGGUUUAUACAUCCGGGAAAGGCAUACAUGGGAAUUCCAUUUUUGGAAAAUGGGGUACAAACUGUCUGCAUGUUCUAUAUUAUGGAUUGCCUGGAGUUUGCGUUUUGUUCUUGAUAGUGGUGACCAGUACGUGUCUCUGUAGGAAAAGACUGAAAACAGCGCAAAGAAACAGGAAAGUGGAACUCACUGCGCACCACAGCGGCACACGACAGAGGAAAACAAGAGAGGACGCGACUGAAUAUGCGUCACUGAAUCUCAUCAGAACAAGAUGAUAUCAACCGCCAGCCUGUUUGAAGUGACUCAGACUGGAGGCUCUCGGCCUACAUGUUUAUUGUGACUUUCAGCCUGCCAACGACCUCUUUAUUAUUGUUAUUAUUAUUUGUUUAUUUAGCAGACGCCUUUAUCCAAGGCGACUUACAGAGACUAGGGUGUGUGAACUAUGCAUCAGCUGCAGAGUCACUUACAACUACGUCUCACCCGAAAGACGGAGCACAAGGAGGUUAAGUGACUUGCUCAGGGUCACACAAUGAGUCAGUGGCUGAGGUGGGAUUUGAACCGGGGACCUUCUGGUUACAAGCCCUUUUCUUUUUGAUGUUUCCCAAACUCCAAAUCACAUUUAAAAAUCAAAACAGAUGAUUUUUAAUUAUGAGUACCAGCUUUAUGUGUUCUUGUUUGUUUGUUUCUAAGCUUGUAACUUCAGAAUGUCUGGUUGGAUCUGCUAUUUUGUAUAGGCUGAGGGCUCACAAUGGCGGGGGAACAAAAUGGACAUGUAUCUAAUGACAAGGGGUUCGCUCCAAACCUUUGUGUGUUAAUGGGAAUUUAGAUGCAACAUGGAUGAAGGUUGUCAUUGAAAUAAAGAUUGAUAAUUUAAUAUUU